AUGACGUCACGGCCACUGGCGUAAGGUGAGCCCGAGCGCUGCCGAAUUCGUCCGACGUUUACCGAGCCGUCCGUCCAGCCGGACUGCUGGAAGCAGCCGCAACAACGCCAUGUUGAGUGAAGUCUCCCAUCUUUACGAGAAAUUUUUACCAUGCGACUCGUUGAUGUGAUGUCCUUGAGCAAAACGGAGGGAAUACCACCGGAGUCGGUCAUCUGAGCGGGACGAGAAGAGGAAUUUAACCGGGGAGAUUCAGGGAGGCUGGAGGGGAAUACAACCCCCCCCAUACCGUCUCCAUGCACAGAACACAUACAACCCCAGACUCUAAUGAUAAAAUGACAUUUUUGUACUAACAGCCAGAUUUGAUUUGAAUCCAUGGCAUAAGGAUACAUUUAUACGUUCCGGCCUCCGUAGAGAGAAGAGACGGCCAGAUUUUGUUGGACCGUGUGACCAUUUUUAUCUGCGUAUUGUUUGUUUUUGUUUAAUUGUUUGCUAUGAGUUUGCCGCCGAAAGUCGUCUCGAACCCGGCCGCUGUCGCUGUUAGUGGACCUGUAACCGGACCGGCACCGCCAACUCAACUCAGAGCAGCGCUGACCUCCGUGUCGUUACCACCGGGAGCCCAGAACGCUCCUCCGCAGCAAGCCGUGCCGCCUGCCCAGAUCCCUCGAGCAGCGAUAUCUCUGGAGGAACGCAUGUUUCCCUCUGGGGUAACUGCAGUCUACAGCGUAUCCAGACACCCUGGCCCUCCAUACCCGGGUCACGACCUCAGCAAAACCCACCCUAAUUUGGUGGGCACCCCUUCCAACCAUGCCACGCCCCCAGCCCUCUCUCAGGUAUCAGUGCCUCCUGCCCCACCGUACCGCUUCCUCAAGGGCUGGGAUACAGGCGGAGGGCCUCCAUACAACCCAGCUCAGAAUGCAGGCUCCGCCCCCCUGAUGUACUCGCCACAGACGCAGCCAAUGAACGUGCAGCCACAGACUCGGCCGUUUGUGACUGGACCUCGGCCAGCUCACCAUCAGUUCCUUCACCGGACUCAGAUGCAAGCCACACGGCCCACUCUCCCCACCAACAAUCCCUCUAUUCGGCCGGGCUCGCAGAACCCCACGGCUACGGUUUACCACCCCAACCAGUCCAUCGUGAUGACCAUGACGCCCAUGCCAUUUCCCCCCCAAACACCACAAUAUUACAUUUCCCAGUAUCGUCACAACUUACCUUACGUGGGACCCCCGCAGCAAUAUGCCAUCCAACCGCCGGGAUCCGGAACCUUCUACUCAGGACCCGGCCCUGGGGAAUACCCAAACCCUUACGCUGCCGGGCUGCCAUAUUACUCCAGCCAGGCGGUGUACCCGCCCUCUCCGCCCAUCAUAGUGCCUGCACCUCUGCCCCCUCCACCUGCCAAACGAGAGAAGAAACCAAUCCGGAUCCGAGACCCCAACCAGGGUGGAAAGGACAUCACGGAGGAGAUCAUGUUAGGAAGCAGGAAUCCCACUCCUCCUGCCGGACACCCCACCUCCAUCGUGGCCCCUCCUGCGGGACGUUCCUCCUCGACACCAACCCCGCCCACAGGACACCUGUCGUUGACGCACUCCCCGCCACAGGCAAGCAACUGUCAGACAUCAGAGCAAACAGCAUAUGUCCCACCUCAAAGACUCAGUCCUGCAACUAUAGAUGGCAGACCGCACUUAGAUGACAGGCCAGCAGAGGAGCCAGUGCAAUCUAUAUCUCCUGGAUCUAAGCUCCUCGUAGAGAAAAGAGAAGCCGGAGGUCUUCCAUUACUAGAAUCGUCUUCUCCAGAUAUAAUCCUGACUUCCUCCAGUGUUGCUUCACAUCCUGCAAGUGGCUGCAUUGUAUCCACCUCUGCAAGAGAACCUGAAUUUCAUUCUCCCACAACCACCACGACUCAAAUAUAUAAGGGCAUAUCUGGCAAGGACCCUCUCUCAGAAACAUCUAGUAUGCCUACAAUACCCUCACUGUCCCUCAAAGCCGUAAAUGGCCAUGCUGAUUUUCCAUCAGGCUGUGAAGAACCAGAGAUCCAGGAAACCUUACAGACCCAUUUGCCAUGUGAGGUUCAGACGUCAACCUCAGGUACAUCAUCCGUGGAGGAAUCCCAUCAAGAAGUUCCAGUGGCCUUGGAGGAGCUCCAGGCAGAGCACCUCACUUUAUUAGCUCCACCUGUGCCCUUGGUACCAACCAUACAGGCCUCUUCAAGCACCACCUCUGUCCUUGCGCCACCACCUGGUUUGACACGGAUAUUGCAGCCCCCCGCUGGAACCGAGGCAACAGAGCCAAACAAGACCUCAAAUGAUGUUCAACUGAAGGCUCAGGACACUUUGGAAUCACAGACUCAGAAUAACUCAAAGUUUACAGCCCAAGCUGUUUCUGCUGUACCAAAGUCUUGGAUGACACCAAAUGAAGAAAGUCAGAUGGUGGAAACGCUACAGAAGGAGAAUGAGAAGGAGGCCUCAGAGGAAAGCUUUGCUGAAGAUGAGAUGACUACUCAACCAACCUUAGGGACUUACAGCAGCCCAUUUCCAGUGCCUGAGCACCAGGAGACGAUCUCGGAGGAGAACGGGGAGACAGAGGUGGAGCCUUUGAGGAACGGAGUGGAGACGGAGAGCACAGACAGCGGCGUGACACUCGGGGGCAGCAGGGGAUCCAUGUGUUCCCCCACUCCACUCAUGCAGGAAGGUCUCGUGCAAGCUAAUGGAAAGAGGCAGUACGACCGUGACUUCCUUUUGGGCUUUCAGUUCAUGGCCGCCUGUGUGCAGAAACCCGAGGGUCUGCCUCCCAUCAGUGAUGUGGUGCUAGACAAGAUAAACCAAAACAAACUGCCACUGAGAGCUGUGGACCCCAGGCUGAUUUCCAGGGGUCCUGACUUCACUCCCGCUUUUGCAGACUUUAGCAGGCAGAUAACAGGUGGACGCGGAGCUCCGCCUCUAAAUGUGCGACGGCUCCCACCACGUAAGAUCAUCGUAAACGUUUCUGUCAACAAUGAUGUGCAGCUCAAGAAGGCCGAGAACGCCUGGAAGCCUGGAAUGAAGCGAGAAGGCUUAAUAGAUGAUCCGGAGACCCUGAAAACCCAGGAGUUGUUCCGGAAAGUCCGUAGCAUUUUGAACAAGCUCACGCCUCAGAUGUUCCACCAGCUGAUGAAACAAGUGACGGAUCUGACCAUCAACACAGAGGAGAGGCUCAAAGGAAUCAUCGACCUUGUGUUUGAGAAGGCCAUCGAUGAGCCCGGCUUCUCCGAGGCCUACGCCAACAUGUGUCGCUGUCUGGCCACGCUAAAAGUGCCCACGUCAGACAAACCCAAUACUUCGGUAAACUUCCGGAAGCUGCUAUUGAACCGCUGUCAGAAGGAAUUUGAGAGGGACAAAGUGGAUGACGUUGUGCUGGAGAGGAAACAAAAGGAGCUGGAUUUGGCCACAUCGCCUGCAGAAAGGGAAAGAUUACAGGAGGAACUUGAGGAAACGAAGGAUAAAGCCCGCAGACGCUCCACUGGAAAUAUCAAAUUCAUCGGCGAGCUGUUCAAGCUCAAGAUGUUGACAGAACCUAUCAUGCAUGACUGCGUGGUCAAGCUGCUGAAACACCAUGAUGGCGAGAGCUUGGAGUGCCUCUGUAGACUCCUGAGCACCAUCGGCAAAGACCUCGACUUCGAGAAAGCCAAGCCCCGCAUGGACCAGUACUUCAACCAGAUGGAGAAAAUUGUCAAAGAGCGCAAGACGUCGUCACGGAUACGGUUCAUGCUACAGGAUGUGAUAGAUCUGAGACUGCAUAACUGGGUGUCCCGGAGAGCAGACCAGGGUCCUAAAACCAUAGAGCAGAUUCAUAAAGAGGCCAAGAUGGAGGAACAGGAAGAGCAGAGAAAGGUUCAUCAGCAACUUCUAUGUAAAGACAUGAAGCGGAGACCAGAUCAGCGGGAUCAGCGCUCGCAGAGAGACGAGACGUGGAACGCGGUGCCCACCACUAAGAACAGCAGAACCAUCGACCCCACAAAGAUCCCCAAGAUCUCCAAGCCUCAAAUCGAUGAGAAGAUUCAGCUGGGUCCACGCGCUCAGAUCAACUGGAUAAAGGGCAGCAGUGGUGGAGCCAAAGCUUCUGGUGACUCUGAUUUGACGCGUCCUGCCGGUAACACCUUGAACCGGUAUUCAGCACUGCAGUCAUCCACAGCUCAACUCAGCCCACCGCCAUCCCAGAGUCCUGAUUCUGACUCCAGACGCACACUGGGAAGCCGCGGCAGUACUGGUCGUGAACGCAGCGAAAAGCCUUCGAGUUUGGGCCCGUCCCAAACAGGGCCUUACAGCAGAGGUGGCAUCACCAAAGAGCAAACAGACAACGUGAACCCUGAGGAAACGGUCAACUUACAAAACACAAACCGCAAGGCCAGCAUCUCGGAGGACAAAAAAGAGACGGAAAACAGCAGGGCCACAGAGACAGGAGUGACACCAGAAACUCCAGUCACCAUCGUUUCAGAGAAGCCCGUCCUGUCUGAAGAGGAGAUGGAGAGGAAAUCCAAAUCUAUCAUCGAUGAGUUUCUACACAUUAAUGACUACAAGGAAGCGGUGCAGUGCGUAGUGGAGAUUGAACAGCCCUCUCUGCUGUUUGUGUUUGUACGUGUGGGUCUGGAGUGCACACUAGAGCGCAGUCAGAUAGCCAGAGAACACAUGGGGCUGCUUUACUAUCAGCUCAUUCAGAAGGGCAUCCUGCCCCAUUCACAACUCUACAAAGGGUUUUCAGAGAUGUUGGAGCAGGCUGAUGAUAUGGCCAUUGAUAUUCCCUUCAUCUGGCUCUAUCUGGCUGAGCUGCUCAGCCCUUUGUUGAGAGAGGGAGGAAUUGCAAUGAGAGAUCUGUUCAGCGAGUUAAGUAAACCGCUACUCCCCGCGGGAAGAGCUGCCAUCUUAUUUUCUCACAUACUGCACCUACUAUGCAAACAAAUGAGCCAUAGGAAAGUUGGUGACUUGUGGAGAGACUCUGGGCUAAACUGGGGCAACUUCCUGCCUGAGGGAGAAGAUCUGACUGCCUUCAUCUCACAGCAGAAAUUAGAGUUCACAUUGUCAGACUGUUCCACUAACUCCUUGGUUCCGGAUAAAAUCAGCUUAAGCCCUGAGGAGUUCCUCAGACAACUCGAGAACCUCCUGCUGGAGGACAUGACCAAUGAUGAGCAGAUCUUCGACUGGAUCGAGGCUAAUUUGGAUGAAUCUCAGAUGAGUUCCUAUAUGUUUUUGAGAGCUUUAAUGACAGCCGUAUGUAAGGCAGCAGUUACAGAUGAAAGCACUUCCUGUAGAGUGGACACCGCUAUCAUCCAGAGACAUCUGCCUAUAUUACACAAGUACUUUGACUCGGACACUGAGCGACAGCUUCAGGCCCUUUACGCUCUUCAGGAUUUGCUCGUUGCCUUGGAUCAACCACCCAAUCUGCUCCGAAUGUUUUUUGACUGUCUUUACGAUGAGGAUGUUAUUUCGGAGGACGCUUUCAAUAAAUGGGAGACAAGUACAGAACCAGCGGAGCAGCAGGGAAAAGGCGUGGCACUAAAGUCGGUCACUACCUUCUUCACUUGGUUACGAGAGGCGGAGGAGGAAUCUGAGGAUAAUUGACACAAAUACUGUAGAUGCCUGACACAAGCAUUGAACCCAGACUAUGAAAGUCUAGCCCUAGGAACGGCCAGAGUCCUCUACAUUAUGACUUUCAAACACUUGGCCAUUUUGAGCUGGAACUCUACAACAGGAGGGAACAAUAUAUACUUGUAUCAUAUAUAUAGAAAAUAUUUUUGUUUUAAAGUUUGACAUUUUUUGUUACUUUCAGAAGAAAAGACUUAAAAAUCGGUUCUGAACUCUUAAUUUAUUAUUUUUUUAAAAGGAUGCGAAUAUGGAGUUCUAUUUAACAUUUGCAGGCAAGAAAAACAUUGAUAGAAAUAACAGAACAUGUAUUAUAACAAUAAUAUUCAUUUAGAUGAAAUGUGUAAGCAGCCACCCAGGAUUUCACAUGAUUCACCUUAAAACAGGGUAAAGAUUAUCCCCUUUUGAAGGAAAUAAACAUAAAACCUUGGCUGAAGGGGAUUUCCAGGAUGGAGACGGUUAAUGCUGUCUGGUUCAGGUUGUCUGGUAAUACCAUACCUGCAUUAGCUUACUCAAUGAACUUUCCAAAUAAGAAUAAAAAUGAAUAUGCAUCCUGAAAGAAAAAAUUGUUCACAUAGUUCACAGAUAAAUUGUAUGCAUUGAAGGUGAAAUGCAAACAAUUAAACUCGGAACAUUUCCAGGAUUGUUCAGUGUUCGUGUAAUGAAGACCUGCAGAGGAAAUGUAAAGCUUGUAAAUAAAGACUGAAACAAUGUUUAAAAAAUAAA